UCCUCCCAUCCGUGCGCCUGAGGCAAUGUGUUGAUUGGCUGAAACAGGAUAUGGCUUGAUCCAGGCCACUUUGUUUCCCAUUUGCAGAGCCAGGACUGUAUGCGAACACCAGAUUUGUUUUGAGCACAAUACACAGUACUGAAAAAAAGGAGGAGCAGUUCGCUAAUUUUGACCACAAGGGUUAUUGGAUCAGAAUCCCAGACUGUACCUUGCCAUUACUGCCUGAACUGCGGAAACCGAUCCAAGUCCCAUUAUCUCUUCAUCUAGAACAGCAAUUCUCAAUCCUUUUACUGUUACUUACCCGAUCAGUCUCUGUCUGUCUGUCUAUCUAUCUGUCUUUCUGUCAAUCUGUUUGAAGCUCAUGUUUUUAAACACUUCACACUUUUUUCAUAUUGUUCUUUUUCAAGUCAGGGGGCCUUACCUGAAAAUGGAACUCCAUUUGAACCAAAAACUUCAGCAAAACAAAUGAACACAAAUGUAUUCUUGCGGUAUCACAAAGAUACCGCUGUACUUGUCAGGGACUAUUGUGACAAACAAAAAGCUCUAUGGAUGGGGAAUGUGAUCUUUUACACAGACAACACAUUUGAAGAUGCAUCUGUACCCCUGGUCUAUGAAGGGCAAUAUAAUCUAGAUGGAAAUGUCUCAUCAGCGGCAUUUGUACCACAGUCACAUCUUGUAGUUGUGAUUGAUGGCUUUGCUUUCUUGCAUCUUCUAAAUUCACCCUACUGGACCCAAGUUCAAGGACAGACACAUCCUGUGACUGAUGUCUCAACUCUGCAAUGCUGUAUUGACGAGAAGGAUUUGAACUGCAAGAAAAUAUCUAACACGGUUCUGCUUUACAACAAGGGAAGUGCCAUGGACAAUCAGGAAGUAUUCUUGUCCGAUAAUGGGGGAUAUUCUUAUAUUACACUGCCUCUAACGUCUAGUACAAAGGAGUUUUUAGGAGGUAUAUACACUAUGCCAACAAUAUCAAGCAUGGUGGCUCUGGUAGUAGGUGAAGACAAGAGGUUCUAUUUCCGCCAUGCUACUCCUAAGGACAGCUCUCGUCUGUCUGAUACUUACCCACUAAAAGACAACCUGGGAGAGGUUCAAGUCAUCCAGGUAGCAGGCAUGAGGGGUCAUCUGGUCAUAUGGUCACCACAUAUGGUUCUUUACUCUCCAAACAAUGGUCUGGUAAUUGUGCCUGUAUUGGAGAUUGGAGAAGAGAACAGAAGUCUGCCACCGCCUGGACUUACCGUUUGGGGCAUCGCAACAGCUGAUACUGGAGUCAUAGCUGUAAUCACCAGUGACGGAGUACUGUAUUAUGGUCGACUUAGCUUGGAAGCAGCUGUCAUAAAAUUCCCAAAAAACAUCAUCAAUGACAUGUCUUCACAACUGGUUCCAUUUUUUGAUAAAUACGGGGACUUUGUGAUGCUGCAACCGGCUGCCAUGGUGUAUCGUGCAGUUCCUUUCCAAACAUUCAAAAUCAAUGUGCAGGAGCAGUUAAGCCAAACAACGCCGGCAGUGAUACCUUGCCCUGUAGAGCGGUUUUCUGGCAAUUUUGAUGGGAAGCUGUUCUACAUUGACGUGGGAGGCUUUGUCAAAAUGAUUGUGGUUUAUGUCCCCAUUCCUCUAUGUCCGUUUUUUCCUGUGGCGACUGUAACAAAUGCUGAGGCACUAAUCGCUACCGAGACGAUAGUGGAGGAUGGUGUAACUCCAGAGGGAUAUAAGACAUUUAGAAUGGAUAUUGAUGUUCGUCAACUACCAGAGGCAGGAAUUCCUCAGAAGGAAGUCCUUUCGACGGUCACUGUUGACUUGAUGGAAAGAAAGUUGUCUUGCAAUAACCUCAAUCCUCAGAAAGCGUAUGUUAUCAUUGGGUGCCCACCAUUAAGGCAGAUUCGGGUUAUAAGGAAUACAACAGCUUGCACUAGGGGGACUUUCACCGAAGAACAGCUUCAAGAUGACUUCUCUUACACCAUCCCAAAGGAGGUCUAUGACCCAGAGCUUCACUUCAACCCCAACAUGGCUAAGGAAGAUCUGACCGUCAAAUACAGUUAUACUGACUUUCUUUGCCCCAUGCUGGUGUAUCAUGAUAUACCAUGGAGACCAACCUUUGAACUUUGGCAGGGGGACACUUUUGUGGAGAUUGUGAAGGCUGACUUUGUGAUGUUUGAGAUUCAUGGGAUGCACAAUUACCGGUACCUGCAGACAGCAAAAAAAUGUGUCUCUCAGCCUCAGGACUGGAAUUCCAUGCUGGCCAAUCAAAUAAACCCUGACCCCAACACUGCAUGGACAAGACGUAAUUACAGACGCUGCAACGAUUAUAAUGGGCCACCUUUAACUAAUCCAAAUGCUGAGUAUCAAGUCCUUAACCAGCAGUCAAAAAACAGGAUUGUGUUCUCCAAUUACAACGGCAUGUAUACUUUCAAGGCUGUAGUUGUGGACCCAACUUACAGCUUAUGUUCACUCACCACCACAUUCACUGUAUACGUUUAUGGAGCUUUUCCUGCAAGACUUAUGCAAUCUGUAGUUUCCACUGGAAUCUUCAUUGCAUUGUUUACCGUACUUCUCUGGAUUGGUUACCUCCUGAGACAGAAUUCCCCCUUGGAUUUCUUUCAUAAGCGUGUGACGGAACACCCUACCUCACAAAGUGACAAGCAUGAUGGUUAAAAACAGUUGUUAACUAAUUGUAAUGUAAUGACAUGUAAAUGCAGAAUGCCAUUCAUCUGAACAUGUAUUAAUCAUUUUUUAAUAAAGUUACUUAGUUGAAUGCACAGAGAACUGUUGCAAUGCAAUGUUGUUUUAGAUAUUAGAAUUAACCAAAUUCGAUUAGACCACACCACAAGUUUCAAGAGUUCCAAUCGCACUUAAGGUUUUAUUGGUGGUGUAUUUUCACGCUCAUGAAUGAGUGUCUUAGCAGAAGAAUAAAACUACUAUCUAUGAAUAAUCCCGCUCCCGGCACCCGACGUCACGGUUCUUGUUUCUGGACCAGCAUAAAGUUGGUGCUGAGUUGGAACCAGAGCCAGGUUUAUUUGUGUGGAAAAUCUAAGUACUAGUUCGAGAAUUGGCACGAGCACUGGAACUGCCUUGGUGGAAAAGGGGUAAUUGACUCCGCAGGCUCGGGUCGGGUUCGCACAAAAUAUUUGAAUGGCUGUUGGGCUCGGGCACUAGCCUACUCUGUCGGACGCGGGCCGGGCUCGGAGAGAAAAAUUCGGCCCGAUUCACAAUCUACUGUGGAACCGAGAACUCGAGAGGUGUGUUCCAGUAUACACUGUGUACUGCACGCUACUCCCCACCCUAGUAGGCUAUACAGUAUUUUAAACAGGUAUGCGAACUUCCAUGUUGUGUAGGCUACUACACAAUUACAUGACCAAAACAUUCUAGGAACUUUUACUUAUUAUCACGUGUUAUCAGAAGGAAAGCUUCAUUGGUGUUUACAGAGGAUAUUGAUUUUAUUAACUCAACGAAGAAAUUGCAGUUUUUUUUGUUUGUUUCCAGAAUUAAAGAGAAUUAAUCAGCACAAAACUGAACAGUGAACCAGCGAGAGCAAUGGUGAUUUUUUUAUUUUUUUAUUUUUUGCAUGCAAAGAUUCAAGGCCACCUGAAUUAGUAGUCCAAAGAUUGGACCUAUAAUAUUACUAUCAUAUUAUUCUAAUUUCGUUCUCACUUUAUCAAUCAGUUCAACAUCCCUAAGACAUUCUGGUGUCAUAAUUAUAUAUUUUAUUACACUCCUAUGAGAACCAAGUAUAAUUAUCAUCCCAAACAUUUGACAAGUUAUCCAAAUAAAAAUAAAAAAUUUGCCAAAUUACAACAUUCCCCUCACAUUUAUUUAACAUAUUAAAGCAACAUCAUGUGACAAUUUUACACUGGCUUGUAAUAGCAGAAUGGCCUCUGCCACUGUCACAGCAUGCCUGACUGCACUAUGUAACUUUGGUGGACAGGAUACACCACCUCUCCACCUCACACCAACUAGACCCUUCUGCUAGCUAUAAGAAGAAGUCAGCGCACAAAGAAACUGAGGAAGAUGUUGUCGGAGGAGGCGAGGAAGAAAGAGUAACCAAACUUGUUGGGAAGAGCUAAAAGGACAAAAGUCAGAUGCUGGCCCUCGUUCUGUUGGAAUGCAGGCCAUCUGUGACCGCAAAGACUGCUCCUUAAAUAUACAUCUCUGGAAAAAGUUAAGAGACCACUCCAAAUUUUUCUUAAAUCAGCAUCUCUACGAUGGCAGCCAUUCCAGUGUCUGUUGAAUUCCAACACAGGCACACCUGAUUCUACUUAAUGAGGUACUUAUUAGGUGAUCACCUGAGCCAAAUCUGGUUUAAUGAAAAGUAAAAAAAAAAACAGUGCUGUGGUCAUCGCUAUCCCUUGCAAUAGGACCAGCUGGAUGGCAGAAACAGUGCUAGUAGUACCUCAAAAGUAAUUAGGGGAAAAAAAGUGUCUAUUGACCAAGCCAAAAGAGUUAAAAAGAAAAGUUUUGAGUGAGGAAAAGAAGGGUUAAAUUAUGGUUUUACUGGCAGAGGGAUACAGUGUCAGGUUGCUUCCAUCCUUAAAAUUUCAAAGACAUUAGACAUUAGGGACAGCAAAGCUACAGACCGGCAGAGGACGGAAAUGACUCCCCACUCAGCGGGAUGACCGCCAACUCAUUUGAAUGUCACUCAACAACCGUAGGAUGCAGUGUCGGCUCCUGAAAAAAUUAUGAGGGGGGGGGAUUUUUUUGAUAAUGAUGAAGGCGACCCAUUCAGUAGGUACAUUAAGCAUGACAAUUGUAUCAAUUUGUU